AUGGCUAGUGUUGCUACCGAGGAUUUCGCGGCGUCGAGCCUGGACGGACUUGAGAAGCUCGAUGUCGAUGCGGAGGAUUCAAAGCCUACACAAGGGACGACGCCUGCAGAGCAAGAGCAGCAUGAUAGUCCAGAAGUAGGGGAGGGUACAAUCGAGCUGAAUGAUAGUGGGGACGAAGAUCUGGAGAAGCAGGUCAUGGACUACGAAGAGGCGCGACUACAAACGAUCCGACAAAACCAAGAAUUACUAGCGUCACUAGGCCUCGAUCGUCUCCCUUCUACGAAACCACCAUCUCCAAAAAAGCCUCGCAUCGAUAGACCGCUGUCUAAACCUCGAUCCAAACCGUUCAAGGACGUCGAGCCGACUCGCCGUUCAGGCCGGAUCAAGGCUCUACAGGAAGAUGUCAAAGCCGACCCGGAGAUCCUAGAUCUACCAGACGAUAGGGACUUGUUUCGUAGAGGCGGAAGGAGGCGCGGACAAGCUGAUGGGCCGGAGCUUCCAAUGGGAAAACGGAUCGAGGUGCCGAGCGUUCGAUACGUCGACGUCGCAUCGUCGUCCAAGGGGGGCCGUUCGAAGCGAAAGGCUUCGGAGCUGUCAGAAGAUGAGGCUGAAGUGGAGGAUGAUUAUGAGAAGGUCUACGAGAAGCCGACAAGGGCGGCAGAUGGGACGAACAGGCUGUCAUUCCCCGGGCGGUUCAAGGACGUCUUCGAGCCAAACGUCACACCCGAAGAGAUGUUGCGAGGUGGAGCCUUUGCGGGUGGCUAUUUCAAGGACGACUAUUCGAACGUCUUAAAGAAGGACUUGCCCGCUGCCGAAGACCUCGCUGCCCUUCCCUCCUCCUACACGGCCCCGUCCGAGGGUUUCUCGCCGGAAACCCACCUGACGUCCACCGCACAGGAUCCCUCGGUCAACAGGUACAAGAAGCUAGCUGGACAGGGUUUGAAAGAAUGGGAGAAGAGCGGCUGGAUCUGGGAAGGCGAUCCGCGAGGGUGGAUGCAGUGGUAUAUCCGUUUCUACGAAGGAAGACGGUGUCAGGACGAUACGAGACAAGUCAUGCGAUGGCUGAAUUUGGCCGGACCUCGAGGCCGGUUCUCUCGAAUGCUGAUGAAGAAGAUCGCGGCAGAUCCCGGUUCCGGCGGCGCGAUCGAGAAGAAUACGUCGGUCGAGGACGAAGAGGUAGGAACGGUACUAAGACAGGUAUGCUGGCAAUGGGGUUGGGAGUGCACUUCCGGAGAGUGGGCAAAGCGAAUAGCCGAAGGCAACAUGGCAUAA